CAGCCCGGCGCUCCCCGGGAGCUUUGUGUGUGCGCUGGGCUCCCAGACCUACAGGCCCCGGAGGGCAGCUCCACCACCGCAGACAGGACACGCCUCAGCCCGGGCGCAAAUUCCCGGCCUCUUCUGGCCUCCAGCCAGCAGCCACCGCCCGCCACCCCGUCUCCACCACCGGCACCAGGGCUGCCCCGUCGGGCGCCGAACUCGUCUGCGCCCGGGCCCACCGCGCGGUAGGGACGGGACCGAUGUGGCGCAUGCGUGCUGGCGCCACCAGGUGCGGGAGCUGCGGCGGUGGGGACGGUGGCGGUCGAGGGCGCGGCGGGCCUGGCCGUCCGGGCCGCGUCCGGGGAGGCGGCGGCGGCGGCGGCAGCGGCAGCGGCGUGGGCUGGCGAGGCCGGGCGGGCGGCGCCCGACAGCAGCUGGAGGAGCGGUUCGCCGACCUGGCAGCCAGCCACCUGGAGGCCAUCCGCGCGCGGGACGAACGGGACCGGCAGAACGCGCGGCUGCGCGAGGAGAACGCCCGCCUGCGGCUUGAGAACCGCAGGCUGAAGCGUGAGAACCGCAGCCUCUUCCGUCAGGCUCUGCGGUUCCCGGGCGAAGGCGGCGACUGGGCGACCACGGCGGGGACCCCGGGCCCGGAAGAGACCGGCACGAACCGGAGGCCUGGAGGCGGCGACCCCGAGGAUGAGUCGGGGAACCCCAAGGCCCUGCGGGCCCGGCUGGAGAAGCUCGAAGCCAUGUACCGUCGGGCCCUGCUGCAGCUGCACCUCGAGCAGCGAGGACCACGCCCGGCCAGGGACAAGGAGGAGGCGCAGGAGGCUUGGGAGCCCCGCGGCCCGGAGCCCCCAGAGCCCUUGGAGCCCUCGCAGCCCCCGGAGCCCCAGCAGCCCCAGCAGCCCAUGCAGCCCUGGCUGUAG